AUGUCCAACAAGUUCACCGGAGUCCUCGCUGCUCUCAUCACCCCCUUCACAGAUGACGGCAAAUCUGUAGACGCAGGCCGAUUCAAGGCUCACAUCGACGACCUCUUCGAUGCCGGCAUCCACGGCCUCGUUCCCGGCGGCAGCACAGGUGAAUUCACCGUGUUGAGCCUCGAGGAACGCAAGCAAGUCAACGAGCUCGCUGUGAAGUUUGCCGCUGGUCGUGGGCCCGUCAUUGCCGGUGUUGGCAGCACCAAGACCGAAGAAGCUGUCGACCUCGCUCUCCACGCUGCGCAGAUCGGCGUCGAUGCCGUCAUGGUCGUUCCUCCUUACUACGACCCCGUCAACUACGAGCAAUUGAAGGAACUUCUCUCUGAGAUCCACCAGGCCUCCAAGCUUCCUAUCGUCUACUACAACAUUCCCUCCAUCAGCGGGUUGACUCUCUCCCCUGAGGAAAUCGCGGGCCUAAGCUCGGUCGGCGUCUCCUCGUACAAGGAUACAUCUGGUAACGCACCGGACUUUACCGAGCUUGUCUUUGGAUACGGAGAUAAGAUCGCCGCGAUGAACGGAUGGGAUACUCUCACUUUCUACGGUAUGGCCGCUGGCAACGAGGCUAUCAUUUGGGGCGCUGCCAAUGUUAUUCCCGAAAUUGCCGUCGAGCUGUGGAAUGCCAUUGCGGUUCAGAACGAUAUUCGCCGUGGUCGCGAAAUCUGGAAGCAGAUUUGGCCCAUUUGCAAGUUCCUGGAGGCUCACAACUACUCCGCUGCUAUUAAGACUGGAAUGGAGCUUCGGGGUAAGAAGACUGGUGGUGUUCGCAAGCCUUUUACUCUGUUGGAUCCUAAGUACCACGAUGAGUAUCGCCAGCUUUUGCUCAAUGCUCAAAUUCAGCUUCCUUGA